AUGGAGCACAGGGACGAGAAGACGCCGAAGAUCAUUUCUGAUCUCGGCCAAGAUACUACGGCGCCAACAGCAGUGGCGUCGCAAGAGCUUGUGAACGCUUCCGGCCACACUCAAGAACUCGAGCGAAACUUCAGCCUCCUUUCGUUGGCUGGUGUCGGAAUCGUCGUCGGAAAUGUUUGGCCAGCUGUAGGGGGUAGCAUUCUCGUCGCGCUGUACAAUGGAGGCCCUCCUGGCGUCUUGUACGAGUUCAUCACGGUCUCGGUCUUUUACUGGAUCGUUGCUCUGAGCAUUGCUGAGCUAGCAUCUGCCAUUCCGUCCUCAGCCGGCGUCUACCACUGGGCCUCCGUCACCCCAGGGAAGCGAUGGGGGAGGGUCAUUGGCUACUUUGCCGGCUGGUGGAAUUACCUGGCUUGGGUUUUCGGCGCGGCCUCUAUGUCGUCGAUUCUUGCCAACACUAUUGUCCAGAUGUAUAGCUUGAACCACCCUGACUUCGUUGCUGAGAACUGGCAUGUCUUCAUUGUUUACAUCAUCGCCACUUGGAUGGCUUGCCUGUCCGUCUGCUUCUUCAACCGAGCCAUGCCAUAUCUCAACAACAUCGGUAUCUUCUUCAUUCUUGCCGGAUUCUUGAUAACAGUCAUUGUCCUUGCGGUUAUGCCCGGGCGAGAUGGGCGACCACCAUCUGCGACCAAUUCGUUCGUAUGGACGGAAUGGUCAGCCGAUAUCGGAUACCCCUCUGGUUUCGUGUUUGUCUCUGGGAUGCUGAAUGGCGCAUUCUCUGUCGGUGUUCCCGAUGUUGUGUCUCAUCUUGCUGAAGAGAUACCCAACCCUGCAAGGAAUGUUCCGAUAGCGAUUGGCCUUCAAAUGGGCAUCGGCUUCAUCACCGGUCUUGCAUACCUCAUCAGUAUCAUGUAUGCGAUCAAUGACUUCGACGCGCUUUUCGAGGUUGCCUAUCCGAUCGCCGAGAUCUACCGACAGGGCACAGGUUCGGCCGCUGGGGCUACUGGUCUUCUAUUCUUGGUGCUAGUCUGCAUCAUUAUCUGUUUGGUCGGACUUUAUAUCACCUCCGGAAGGACACUCUGGACUCUGGCAAGAGACAAAGCAACCCCUUUCCCGAAUCAGCUCUCGAAGGUCCAUUCUACACUUCACGUGCCCAUUACCACGACUAUCCUCACAGCAAUUCUGGUCACGAUUCUCGGCUGCAUCUACGUUGGCAGCACCACAGCUUUCAAUGCCUUUGCAGGCAGUUUCGUGAUCAUGUCUUCAUCGUCGUAUAUCGCAGCCAUCUUGCCUCAUCUGUUGACAGGACGAAAGAACAUCUCCUUCGGUCCGUUCAAUUUGAAUAAAGGGCCAUUGGGCUAUAUUCUCAACGCCAUCGCAUGUGGCUACAUGAUCGUAUGGUUUGUCAUCUAUUGCUUUCCCUAUGCUUUGCCAGUUGAGGCUGCCUCAAUGAAUUAUGCGUCUCUGCUCUGGGGAGGAUUCACCAUUCUCUUGCUUAUAUGGUGGGUCGUUGGAGCUCGGAAGGGAUACGAAGGUCCGAAGACCACGGGUGGCAUGACAGUCGUGGAUUUAUCCAAGGAUCCCAGAAAGGUUGUUGCGGCAGCCUCAGUGUGA